CAAAAGAGCCGGAAGGGUGGGGCCCAUCUUCCUCACCAAUAAUUGAUCAUUCCUUUUCCUCCUCCUAAAGCCUAAAUCCCCUCUGCGCUCUUGCGGUCCUUCACUAUCUCCCCUUCUCCUAGCCCGCUAUCCAACCAUUCUCAAAAUCCCCUUUCUACUCCGCCCACACUCCUAAACCCUAAACCCACACCAAUUUGCAGUUUCCAUGCCGCAAUCGUGAAAAGAAAAAAAUAAAAUAAAAUAAAUAAAAAUGCCAUCUUUACACCAUUUACUCCUCCCGCUUUCCGCCGUCUUCAUCAUCUCGGCGGCGGCGGCGGCGAAUCCCGUCGUGUCUCAGGAUUCCUCCAUAUACGAAAUCCUCAGGCUCCACGGGCUGCCGAUGGGCCUUCUCCCAAAGGGCGUGACGAACUUCAGCCUGGACAAUUCAGGGAAAUUCGAGGUCCGGCUGGACCGGGCCUGCAAUGCCAAGUUCGAAAACGAGCUCCACUACGAUGCCAACGUGUCGGGGACGAUACAGUUCGGCCGGAUCGACGGGCUGUCGGGGAUAUCGGCUCAGGAUUUGUUUCUAUGGUUUCGGGUUAUCGAAAUCCGGGUCGAUAUCCCGAGCUCCGGUCUGAUCUACUUCGAUGUCGGCGUCGUCUCCAAGCAGUACUCAUUGUCCACAUUCGAAACUCCGAGGGACUGUUUGGCUGUUCCUACUCCCGACGGGGACAAUGUUUUGCAGACUGUUUCUGAGACUCUGCCCAGGAAACUCCAGUUUGAGCUUGAUCAGGAUAAUCUUGCGAGGACAGCAUUGUAAUUUUUGAGGUGGUGAAAAAAGGGCACACGAUAGCUCAAUCACAUUACGGAAUUUACGAUUCGCAUACAUAUGUACAAGUCUUGUAUGUAUUAUUCACGUCUCAUUCUCCUCGAUAGUAUUGUGCGAAAUCAAAAUCUGCAGGGAGGAGUGAAAGGGAAUUGUUGUGGGAAAAACACCUGGAGGAGUGAAAGGAACAAGGUGAAUUAUUUUUUGUACUUAUGUCAAAUUGAUUUAUUACGUAUACAGAAAACGAAUGCAAUUGUUUGAGUUUUGGUUCAUUCCAUGUAUUGUAGUAUAAAGGGUAAGAUGAUGAGUUGUUAUACAUACUUUCUCUUGUGGAGGUAAAUAAGGGCUAGAGGUCUUUGUUCCGUAAUUCUGUAUUGUAUCAGAUGUAUUUUUUUUUUUUUU